AUGGCCUCUUUAUUUGAGAGACCAUCACUAGUGUUUGGUGCCGCUAUUGUCUUGCGCGCUUUUCUUCUUGUUUAUGGCGCCUGGCAGGAUGCCCACUCAGCCGUCAAAUAUACUGACAUCGACUACAUGGUUUUCACCGACGCAGCCCGAUACGUUUCUAAGGGGCUUCGCCGUACGCUCGAGAUACGUACCGUUCUUUUCGCACUCUCCGACGUGGUAGCCGGAUGGCUCAUUGCGAAAGCACUCGCAUCCUUUUACGGCAUGAGCCCACCACGCGCUCUCAAGUAUGCCAGCGUUUGGCUACUGAACCCAAUGGUCGCCAAUAUUAGUACGCGAGGAAGCUCCGAGGGCCUCCUAUGUGUGCUAGUCAUUGCCUUGCUCUGGGCCGUCUUGAACAGAAGAAUCACUCUCGCCGGGGUACUUCUCGGGCUCAGCGUGCAUUUCAAGAUUUACCCCUUUAUCUACGGGCCGUCUAUCAUCUGGUGGCUUGACGAAGAGCGCGAAGGGCUGCAACCGUCUUCACAAAAGCAAAAGCCGGAGCAAGAAGAUCGAAAUCUCUUUACCCACAUCUUCAACUUCAUCACACCCUCUCGUCUUCUUCUCACUACCACUGCACUGGCCACCUUCUCUGGUCUCAACAUAUCCAUGUACAUCCUCUACGACUUUCCUUUCGCGCAGCAUACCUAUCUGCACCACUUGACUCGUAUCGACCAUCGCCACAACUUUUCACCCUACAGCAGCCUCCUUUACCUCUCUGCUGCUGGAGACGUCCAGGGGAGCUUUGAGUCUCUAGCCUUCAUGCCGCAGUUGCUUCUCUCCGUCGUCGUUAUCCCGAUCGUUUUGGCCAAAAGAAGCCUACCAGGUGCGAUGUUAGCCCAGACGUUCGCAUUCGUUACAUUUAACAAAGUGUGCACGAGCCAGUAUUUCCUCUGGUAUCUCAUCUUCCUUCCGUUCUACCUACCUUCCUCAUCGUUGAUGAAGAGUCCAAGGCUGGGCAUUGCAGUUACGGCUCUAUGGGUCAUCGCUCAGGCCCUCUGGCUCCAACAAGGCUACUAUCUCGAGUUUCUCGGUUUGUCUAGUUUCCUGCCAGGAUUGUAUCUCGCUAGCUUGGGUUUCUUUGCCGUGAACAUUUGGAUUUUAGGUAUAAUCAUUAAUGAUGUUGCGUUGACGGGAUGUUAG